AUGUCUUCUAACGAUACAGGAUUCGAUGAAAAUGGCGAUGAUUACACUUCUCAGACUGAUCGUGUCUCCCGUCACAAGACGCACAGUUCUCGUGAAUCUGAACAUGAUAGGUCAAGCACUCGAGGCAGGGGAAAAGAUCAUGACCGCUAUCGCGGUGGGUAUAAAGAUGGAAGUGUGAGGGAUGAUAGAAGAAGAGAAAAUUUUGGUGAUUUUGACCGUCAUGAAAGGAGUAGCCGUGGUCGCAAUUUUCAUAGGCACCGUGAUUUUGAUGGUGAUAGAGAAAGAAGGAAGGGAAAUAGAUCAAGUUCUUAUUCUCAAGGUAGAUUUCGGAAUCGAUCCAGGUCACGGUCUCGUUCGCGUUCUCCUUCAAAAAGCAAGCGGAAAAGUGGUUUUGACAUGGCUCCAUCUGCAGUGGGCAUGCUUCCUGGUGCUGCCAUGACAGUGAAUGAUGCUGGGCAACUGCCAAGUGUUCCUCAAACAAUGCCAGGAGUGUUACAGAACACUUUACAAUUUGGAACACAACAGUUUGGAGUUCUUCCAUUAAUGCCUGCCCAGGCCAUGACCCAGCAGGCUACAAGGCAUGCACGGCGUGUAUAUGUUGGUGGUCUCCCUCCCUUGGCUAACGAACAGGGUGAUUUCCUUGCAACAUUGGAACAUUAUAUGGUUUCUUAUGUUUUGAAACAGACAAUCGCAACAUUCUUUAGCCAUGUUAUGUCUUCAAUCGGAGGAAAUGCUGCUGGUCCAGGUGAUGCUGUGGUGAAUGUAUACAUAAAUCAUGAGAAGAAAUUCGCAUUCGUGGAGAUGAGAACUGUUGAAGAAGCAAGCAAUGCAAUGGCAUUGGAUGGAAUCAUUUUCGAGGCAAACCAUUCUGAUUCCUUUUCCUUAUUUCUUUUUACAUAUGUUAGUGAAAGAGCAGGGGUUGCUGUGAGAGUUCGAAGGCCUACAGACUACAAUCCAUCGUUGGCUGCAACACUGGGUCCUAGUCAACCAAAUCCUCUUCUUAACUUAGCUGCUGUUGGUCUUGUACCAGGUACAAUUACUGGAGCAGAAGGGCCUGAUCGUGUCUUUGUGGGUGGAUUGCCUUAUUACUUUACUGAGUCACAGAUAAGAGAGUUGCUAGAGUCUUUCGGAUCUCUCCGUGGUUUUGACCUUGUGAAGGACAGAGACACUGGGAAUUCUAAAGGAUAUGGUUUCUGUGUCUAUCAGGGGCCAAAGUUGGCAAUGCGGCUGGUUGUUGCCUCUGCAUUGCAUCUGUUGUCUAAAGCUAUAAGCAAACGUGGCGGGCAGUCCAAGUCGGAACAGGAAAAUAUAUUGGCUCAGGCUCAGCAGCAUAUAGCUAUCCAGAAAAUGGCUCUGCAAGCUGGUGUCAUGAAUCUUCCUGGAGGAGGGACACCAUUGGCAGAAUCUGCACACACUCCAUCUAAAGUUUUAUGCUUAACUGAGGCAAUUACCAUGGAAGUACUAGCAGAUGAUGAAGAGUAUGAAGAAAUAUUAGAAGAUAUGCGGGAUGAAUGUUGUAAAUUUGGAACCUUGAUCAAUGUUGUUAUUCCUCGCCCUAGUCAUAUUGAGGAGCAAACGGCUGGAGCUGGAAAGGUGUUCCUAGAGUAUUCUGAUACCACUAGUUGUGCAAACGCAAGAAAUGCACUGAAUGGGAGGAAAUUUGGAGGAAAUACUGUGAAUGCGUCUUAUUAUCCAGAAGACAAGUAUUACAAUGGGGAUUAUGGUGCAUGA